AUGUUGAAUUCGAUGCAGUGCUGGCCGUGGCGGCCCGCGAACGGUUACAGCCGCGAGUGUGAUUACCGUUGCAUAAGCAACGACUCAGAGCGGGCGACAUCCAGAGAGGAUGACAACUCCUCGAAUGAGUCAGGUCAGGAUAAGUGUCCGCAAUUUGGGGACGCAAAGGACGUCCCCACGAUGGAUGCACAUGUUCACAUUGACGACGACAUGUAUGACUCUGUGACGAUGGCCGCUUUCGGAGGGGUUCACUUGCAACUUCCUGGAGGAACCGUGCGGGUCCACCCAAUGUGGCUUUGCUUGGGCUGCAUUCCUUUGUUCGUUGCGCAGCAGGCCAGCUUGCUGUACAUGCGCCUGGGGCAGGAGCUGGAGAAGCCGGUUCAUGGCGAAGGCGAGAUGUCAGAUGGGCUGAAGUGGAUUCUGCCGUUUGCGAAGACGCUGAUGGUGUACAUGUUGGCCCUGAUGCUUUUUCCCGAGAUGUUGGGCGCCUGUCGGCUUUUACUCUUCGUCCUCAACCCUACGACAUGGAUAGACAUCAACAGAUUCAGGCCAGACCUCAGCGCAAAGUGGGCCUUCCUGUGGAGCACGCCGGUCCUGAUCACCUGUGCUGCGACAGCUGAAAGUUUAAAGCUGGCCAUCGGCUACAUAGUCCUGGUAGAUUCUGUCAGUGUCGUUCUUAUGUGUGACACCGUGCAGGACACGCUUUUCAAUAGCUUGGCCUUGACCUUCCUCAUCGACCUGGACAAUAAGCUAUGGGAAGUUGCAAAGAGCGUAUUUGGAAUAGAGUACAAGGAGGGCAUGCGGGAGUUGAAGAUCUUGUCGGAGAAAGAGCAGGAAAGAAGGCGCUCUUCCGAGGGAAGCAAACUGAAGCGAGAGGCCUGGGAGGACUGGGAGUUUUUCAAAACCUGCCAUUGCCUUCGAAGAGCUGAAGGUGGCAGUGCAGUGGAGGCACUCCUUGUGUGCGCUAUAUUCAUGUUCGCCUAUAUCCGACAAAUCCUUGUUAUGCUGUACUCUCUGAAGACCGACACACUCCCCGUGGCACGAGACAUGUGCACCAUUUGGCACUUGACUCAAGAGGACACAACCCUCGGCCAUCUGACACGCGGGAUCUUGCGAGUGAUGAGCUUGUACGCCCAUCCAAAUGGCUUGCUGAACAAGACCUGCAACCCAGAUGUGGGCGGCUACUGCAGCGAACAGUUCCGUUCCAUCACGAGCAAAGACAUGUGGCAGCUUGCGAGAGAGCGACCCUUGUUCUUGGCAGCCAACGUAGUCGGUUUCGUCUUCGUGCUCCUGAUACCGCAAUUCUUCCAGCUGCUCCUUUUCUGCGAGAUGGACGGAAAAGAUAAGCACACGAGAUGCUUUGGGUUCAUCCCAAAAGAUGAGGACGAGGAAGAGGAGGUCUUCAAGGUGGAGAAGGAAGUGGAGAGCCUCAAUUCCAAG